CCGUAUGUUCUGUUAUGAGCGUCAUAUAUAUGGGUAUAUCGUCUGAUGUCGUAUGAAGAUGUAUGUAAGAAUAUUAUGAGAUAUUGAGAUGCUAUGAAUAUAAUAAGUAGAAAUGAAAUUAGCCUCUAAAUAAGGAAACCGUGAAAGCAUGGCGGUUGUAGUAGAAACUACUAUAGGAGAUUUUACUGUUGAUUUAUAUACUGAAGAACGCCCACAAACAUGUCGAAAUUUUUUGAAAUUAUGCAAAUUAAAAUAUUACAACUGGAACUUAUUCCAUUCUGUUCAAAGCAAUUUUAUUGCUCAAACCGGAGAUCCCACCAGUACUGGGAAAGGUGGAGAAAGUGUCUAUGGAAUAGUGUUAGGUGAAAAAGCAAGAUAUUAUGAAGCAGAGCAGAUGCCAAAAAUAAAGCACGAUAGAAGUGGUUUAUUGUCUAUGGUUAAUUGUGGCAGCAACAUGCUUGGAUCUCAGUUUUUUGUUACUCUUGCACCCGAACUUCAAUCAUUGGAUGGAGAACAUUGCGUAUUUGGUGAAAUUACAGAAGGACUAGAAAUUAUUCUCAAGUUCAAUGAAACUAUAUGUGAUGGGGAUCACAGACCUUACCAGGAUAUACGUAUCUCUCACACCGUUAUUUUGGAAGACCCUUUCGAAGAUCCAAAAGGUUUUAUCAUACCCGAUCGAAGUCCACCACCCUCCAAAGAAGUUUUAAUGAGCGAUAGGAUCGGAGCUGACGAAGUGAUAGAUGAUACAGCUGGUAUGACAGCUGAAGAGAUCACGGAAAUGCAAAAAGAGAAGGAAGCUAAAGCAAGAGCAACAAUAUUGGAAAUUGUGGGUGAUAUUCCAGAUGCGGAAAUGGCUCCACCUGAAAAUGUCCUGUUUGUCUGUAAACUAAAUCCUGUUACGACCGAUGACGAUCUCGAAAUUAUUUUCAGUAGAUUUGGAAAAAUUAUUGGUUGUGAAGUUAUUAGAGAUCGGCAAACUGGAGAUUCAUUGCAAUAUGCGUUCAUCGAAUUCGCUGAUCGUAAAAGUUGCGAAGAAGCGUAUUUUAAAAUGGACAAUGUAUUGAUCGACGAUCGUCGUAUACACGUUGAUUUUUCGCAAUCGGUAGCCAAAAUGAGAUGGAAAGGCAAGGGUAAAGGCGUACAAUAUUUUGACGAUGAAGCUGAUGAGGUUGGAAAUGAGAAUCUAGAAAAAGUCAUUUCGAAGCAUAAGCAGAGAGAUGAACCUAGGAGCAAAGAAAUAGAACACAGAAAAUAUGAGCGUAUAAAGGACGCCAAUAAAGCCAAGGUAUACUCCUAUAACAGGGAUAAAUAUAUAGAGAAGGAAAAGUAUAAGGUACAAAGACAUCGUGAUAGUUCGCGCGAAAGAUACGAAUACGACUCUAGACGGAGGAAAGAAAGCAAAAGAAGAAGUAGAGAUAAAAGCAGAGAUAGGAGCCGAGACAGAAGCAAAAGGGAAAGUUAUAGAGAGCACAAACAAAAAAAGAAAUCUGACGGUGAGAAAAAAAGAUGGGAUAGGGGGAAUUCUGGCUCUAGUAACGAGGAUUUAAGAUAUGAGAAACAUAAAGACGGACAUUCGAGUUAUAAAAAGAAGCGCACCAAAAAUCGAUCUGUCGAAAGGUAUGAAAAAUCAGAAAAACACAAGCAAAAAAGGAGAUGAUAUAAAAAAUAUCUGUGAUAUUUAUCCAUAGUACUACAAGUUUUACGCACGUAGAAUGCAUAUACAAUACGCAAUAUGCGAUAUAAUUGUGAAUGUCUAUUUUGUAAAAUUGAACUGUAAACUUCCACUUUUUAUGCGAAUAAAAAUCCUUCUUUAAUUC